AUGAAAGAAAAUAUUUAUAAAUUUCUUAAAAAUAAAAGAAAAGCAAGUUUAAUUAAAGAAAGUGAUAUGAGUACAGAAAUAACAGUAAAAGAGAUUAAAAUGAGUAAUAAUACAAUACAAAGUGAUAAAUUAAUAAUCAAUAAUAUACAUAGUGAUGAAUUAUCACUUAGAGAAAGGGUUUUAUCUUUUACUCCUGUUUCAUCUACAUCUCUUUACUCUACAGAAACUAAUUACCACUGUUUACUUCCUAAAAAAUAUUUAAAACUUACUAAAAUAUUUAGAGUAAUGAUGACAAUACAGAAAUAUAACACUAAUAGAGGCUUAUCUAAUAUUUUUAUAAAAUGUAAAAAGUGUAUAGAAGAUGUUUUAAAAAUAAGAGUAAAUAUUAGUGAUAUUGAAAAAAUAAGGUUUUUGAUACCAGAAAAAAUAACAGUAAAAAUAAUUGAACUUGAAGGAGAGAAAACUUUUACUUAUAAAUUAUUGUGUACACCAGAAGAAUUCAAUAAAAUAGUUUGGGAUUAUUAUAAAUUAAAAAAUAAAAAAGAAGAGUGUAGAGUGAAUGAAGAUGUGGAAGAUGUAGAAAGAUUAGAAAUAUUAAAAGAAGAUGACGUAAAAAUAUUAGCAUUAGAAAGGAUUACUAAGCAAAAAGAAGGAUACAAAAUAAAAGAAAAUUUGGGACCAGAAAAGAUUACUGAACAAAAAGAAAAUGUAAAUAAUAAAUUAGAAGUAGAAAUACAAACUAAAAAAAAAUAUUUUAGUAUCUUAGACCGAAUAAGAGAGAAAGAAAGAUUAAGAAAGGAGUCAUUUAUAAAAAAGGCUAAGGAUGAAGAUAAUUCUGUAUUUUUAAGGAAACUAGAUUUGUAUUUAAAAAAGGAUGACAAAAAAUGUGUAAAGCUUAAAGAACUAAUAAAAGUAUUUAAUUUAUACGAUGGUGACAGGUACAUAAGAAAAGUGGUAGAACAAGAAAAAGCGUAUGAUAUUAAAGAAAUAUUUGGAGAUGAAUAUUUAAUUAAAUUAAUUUAA